AUUUUUACACUAUUUUAUAAAAAAAAUAAUUGUAUUUUAUAUUCUAUAAAUUAUUAAAUUUUUAUGUUUAUUUACCGUGUAAAAUCACAUUUUAUGGUUCUUGUAUUUAGACCCACAUUUAUGAUUGCACACCUGUUGUUUCCUGAAAAAAUGUACUUUAAAUAUUUUUAGUAAAGUAACAUUUCAGGCUAUUUAGCUUCAUCAGGUGUCUAUUUGUGUAAAUGAUAUCUGAAUCAUGAGUCUGAGGAUCGGUUAUAUUGCGACAUUAUCAGCAAAGAUUAUAUCCCAAAAAUACUGAUAUCUCUCCGUCUGUUUCUUUAUUGUCAUGGAAAACUGCUGGGGCAUUUAGUUCACUGGCUGUAAUUAAACAAGUUAAAGAUAACAUAUCCCACACUGUCAGUGUCACAGUUAUCUUCCCCAUAAUUAUAUGUCAUAGUUUUAUGCCCACAUUUAUGACUGUCUGCCUUCCUCAUUGACCAACAUCAUUGACCUCAUCAGUCCUCAAACACACCCUCUCUCUCUCACAGUCCUCUCACUAGCAAACAAGGAACAAACUACACAGACACAGAAUCCAGGAUCUCACAGGUGUUUGAUCAUGGACAAAGAACCCAAUCCACCUCCAUAUCCUGGUCCUCAGGCACAACCAGCAGACAUGAACUACCCCGGAGAGCCGGCAGACUACCCACCUCAAGCAGAUCAGUCAACUUUACUUUACCCUCCACCACCACCAUAUGGGUUUGGCGCUCCGCCCAUCACAGUCCAGCCCACUGUUGUUCCUGUAGUUACGCAUAUGGUAAUGGUGACUUCACUCACCAAUGUACCGGGUCAUAUUACCUGUCCGCAUUGCCUGCAAGAUGUCAUCACGGAAACUGAAUACCUGAGUGGUUUACUCACCUGGUUAAUCUGUGGAACUCUUGCUCUCUUUGUGUGCUGGCUAUGUUGUUGCAUUCCGUUCUGUGUGGACGCAGGUAAGGAUGUGAAGCACAGCUGUCCAAACUGCAAGAAAGUCAUUCACAUUUACAAGCGUGUGUAACUCCUGCACCAGAGAACGUGGAGGAACAGCAAAGACUUUCCAAGACAUGCAACCUUAUUGUGAACAUGUGGCGGAUACGGUUCGAAGCGAUGCGAAGAAUGAUAGAAUGUAUGCUAUGUAAUGUAUACGAACUAAUUUGAUUAACUUCUUGUAACUUUUUCACUCUUUAAAUAUUUUUCUUAUGCCAUCUUAAUAUGAAGAGAAAUGUAUAUGUAAGCCAUGCAUAGUUUAAGGUCUGAAAACACGUGUCUCUAUGGCGCACUCUGUGUGUUUUGAGGGUCCCGUCCAUCCUGACGCAACCAAUGGCGAGUUUGGGGCGGGACUAAGUUAGCUCAACCAAUGGGAGAAGAAGGGUGUGUUCAGAAAGCUGUUUGAAAUCAAUGUUAUUUUUCACAAUUCUGCGCAUAAAUUAGCUUCACUUUCAUUGUAAAUUUAUUAUUUUUUGGUACUAUGUGAAUAAAAUACCUUUUGUUUUA